CCAGUUUGUGCUGUCGCAACAAAGAAUCUUCGACGGUGUUGCAAUCCAACCAAUCCAACAUGGCGGCUUUGAGGAGCGUGGUUGUUCGAACAACAACAGCGGCAGCGUGCGGUGCCCGUGCUGCCACGACGGCAGUGGUGCCAGCGGUGACAGCGGUUGGAGGCCGGCGCUUCAUGUCGGAGCAACACCAUCGCCCAGAGCCAUCCAUGGCAGACCGCCUGGAUGCGCUGGGCACGCGCCGCAUCUUCACGGAGGAACACGACAUGAUGCGCGAGAUGGCCCGCAAGUUCUUCCAGGAACGCAUCGCCCCACACCACGACGCGUGGGAGAAGGAGGGCAUGGUUUCCCGGGACGCAUGGACCGAAGCUGGAGAGCUUGGCCUCCUCGGAAUCACCAUUCCCGAGGAAUACGGUGGACCAGGCGCCGACGUGCAGAGCGCCGCCGUCAUGUGGGAGGAGCAAGCGUACGCUGGUCUCUUUGGGCCCGGGUACGCCAUCCAUUCCGACAUUGUUCUGCCAUACAUCCACCACUAUGGCACGGAGGAACAGAAGCAGAAGUACCUUCCUGACGCCUGUGCUGGCAAGUGCAUCACUGCCAUUGCCAUGACUGAACCCGGUGCCGGCAGCGACCUUCAGGGUGUGUCGACCACCGCUAUCAAGGACGGUGACGAGUGGGUGCUCAACGGCUCCAAGGUCUUCAUCAGCAACGGACAGCUCUCGGACGCCGUCGUCGUCGUCGCCAAGACAGACCUGGAGGCCAAGCGCGCGGCGCACGGCCUCAGUCUCUUCAUUGUGGACGCAGGCACUCCCGGCUUCAGCAAGGGCAAGAACCUGCACAAGAUGGGGCUCAAGGCACAGGACACGAGCGAGCUGUUCUUCGAGGACUGCCGCGUGCCGGAGUCUGCGCUGCUCGGCCAACUCAACAAGGGCUUCUACCACCUCAUGACGGAGCUGCCACAGGAGCGCCUGCUGCUCGGCGUCAUGGCAGUUGCCCAUGCUGAGGCGUGCUAUGAGUGGACUCGCGAGUACAUCAACGAGCGCAAGGCCUUCUCUGGCACCCUCGCCAACCUGCAGACUGUUCGCCACAAGAUGGCCGAGCUCAAGACGGACAUUGCCGUCUGCCGCGCCUUUGCUGACCAGUGCAUCCUCCUCCACAGCGAGGGCCGCCUGAACACCGAGAUGGCUUCCAUGGUCAAGUACUGGUGCACAGACCUCGAGUCCAGGGUUGCUGAUGCCUGUGUCCAGCUCCACGGCGGUUACGGCUACAUGUGGGAGUACCCCGUGUGCCGCGCCUACGUGGACGCACGUGUCCAGCGCAUCUACGGCGGCGCCAACGAAAUCAUGAAGGAGCUCAUCUCCCGCAGCGUCUAAGCGGCCCAGCUCCUGCUCCUGCUCCUGCCCCUGUCCCUUGCACGUGCACUGCUGGCGACCUUGCCUCGCUUUGCUUUGUAGAGUGCCACAUUAGAACCUUUUGAAGGGUGGAAUCGACCACAACAGCACAAAG